CCUUCAACCUAUGCAUCAUCAUCAUCAUCAUCAUCAUCAUCAUCAUCAUCAAAUCUAAAAGAGUUGUAAGACCUUGUUUGCAUAAACAAAAGUUGAAAAGGAGAGAAAAAGAAAGAGAGAAACAAAAGGGAGCUCAAUCCUUGCAAGGAAGAACCAGAUGCCAAGUUCCUUCAAUGUGAAAAAACCGACAUUAUCUAUAUAUAUGUGUGUGUGUGUGUGCACAUGUUUAUCUGCCAAUGGUGCAGAACAACAGCUAUUUGUACCAGAGUUGGUAAGCAUAGAGCAUGAACUUGGAGGUUGUCUUUGCCUGUGAAGUGUCUGGCUUCUAGCUAAGAGUUUCGACAAGGAUGCAGUCUUGUGUUACUUGACACACCUAAUGCCGAAGAAAUGGGGAAGAAAGGGAACUGGUUUUCUGCUCUCAAAAGAGCAUUUACUUCCUCUUCUAAAGAUAAGUUAGCCAAUGAGCCGGACAAGAUAUAUCCAAAAGAGAAGAAAAAGUGGGGGUUUACACGGACAAGGCAUGGAGAGGCCAGCUCUUUCAUGCCCCUGUAUCGAGAACCAAGCAGCAUUGAGAAGAUCUUGGGAGAUGCCGAAAGGGAGCAGAACAGGAAUGUACAUCAAAGGCCACUUAGAGAUGCCGAAAUGGAUCAAAGGCAAUGGACACAUCAAAUGGCUCAAAGGGAAAUUCAAAGGAAUCAGCAGCAAAAGUUACAGCAAUUGCCACCUAGAGAUAUUGAAAGAGAGCAUCAUCAUCAUCAUCAAAAGUUUCAGCACUUGACUUCUAGAGAGGUUGUAAGGGAUUCAAACCAAAAUUUACUUCAAAUGCCUCCUAAGAAGGGUCCACAGUAUAAAGCACCGAAGUCAAAAUAUGUUUUUGCUCCAAAGACUGCACAAAUUUCAGCGAUCAAGAUACAAGCAGCUUAUCGAGGUUACUUGGCUAGGAAGAGUUUUCGAGCAUUAAAAGGACUGAUGAGACUUCAAAGUGUGAUGAAAGGACAAAGCGUUAAGCGUCAAACAAUGAACACAAUGAGAUGCAUGCAAAUGCUAGUGAGAGUACAAUCACAAAUCAGAACAAGGAGGCUUCAGAUGAUGGAAAGCCGAAACAUUCAGCAACACCAGAUGAUGGGUAAAAAUGAGAGAGACAUUGAGAACAGCUUGAACAAGUGGAACUUUGGACAUCAAUUGGAAGCAGAAGGUCAUGAAGGAUGGGAAGAUAGCACACUGACCAAAGAUGAAAUUGAUGUACGAAUGCGAAGAAAGGUCGAGGCAGUCAUUAAGAGGGAGCGAGCAUUGGCAUAUGCUUAUUCCCACCAGGUUAUCUGCAGUUACUAAAAAGUAACACCAAUGUCGGCACAAGCAGUCUUAUCUGACAUCAAGUCCGGUGGCUUCCCAUGGUGGUGGAGCUGGCUCGAGCGCCAAGUAGGAACAACCCAAACUCCUACAUCACGUCCGACUACAGGUCAAGCCACGACGCCGAAAAUAAGCACAAGGUCACUAGCAGAAGCUUAUCCUAGACCAAGUAGCCGGAGCAAGCAAGCUAUAACUGGAAAUGCUAACAUUGAUGCAUCUACACCAAGAUCAUCAAAACCAAUUAAACAAAAGUACACACCAAAUUCUUCAAACAGAUGGCAGGUACAAGGUUUUAAGGACGAUGAUAGCCUGACAAGCUGCCCGGCAUUUACCGUGCCAAACUACAUGGUACCGACAGUUUCAGCAAAGGCAAAGGUGAGAGAUGGACCACCAGCAACACCGGAGGGGAAGCGGCGCUUCUCAUUUGGAUUGACUCAAAGCAUUGGAUCAAUAAGAUGGAGCAAGGGAUCAUCAGUCCUCAGUACUAAGGAUUCUGAGUCCAAGAGGAUGUCUGGAAGACAUAGACCCAUGCACUCAAUAGGGAAUUUGAGCAUGGAUUCAACCAUUUCAUUGCCAGUUGGAGUUGGAGGGAGAUCCUUCAGGUAGUGCUUUAAAUAAUUGUGAGCAAUGUCUUUAUUUUAUUUCAUGGUUUCUAUGUGUUGUGCUUUGUUUAUCUGAAUUUGUUGUAACAAAUUGUGAUUUAUGCUAAGGUGUGAUGUGUGACAUUGUUGUUGAACAAUUGCUAUUUUGAAUCUAA